GUCGCCGUAUUCCUCGUGCUUCUUGGGCGCUGUAGUGGGAAAGUUGGCUGCGGUUGACGAAUGCUUGAAUGUUCUCGGUUGUUAAGAGACGAGUCUGUAGCUCGAAAAGAUUUUAAAGGAAUAUCUCAUCGCUGACAGGCACACAGUGAGGGUUAAACUUCUGCCAUUUCCUGUCUUAGAUGGAAGCUGUAAAGGAGAAUUGCCAUUCUGAUAUGAAUAACAUGGAGAUAAUCACUGUAAACAUUAAGGAAGAAGACUGUGAAUGUAAUACUGUCUGCCCUAAGCAGGAAAGUCUCUACAUUAAGGAGGAACAUUAUGAAACAGGGUCAGUGGGCAUUAAAGAAGAGUGUGAGGAGACAAUGAGCUCCUUUGUUAUUGACACACAAAAACAUAUAAUUAAUGACUGCAUCAAAGGAGAAGACCUUCAUUCAGAGUCUGUUCUUCAGUAUGAAUGUCGAGAGAGAUGCUGUUCAUUUCCGGAGUGUUCUGUAAAUAUGAAAUUGGAAUCCGCUGAGGACAUGUCAUCAAGGAGAGCACUGGGAGAUCAACCAUCAUCUUCAUUUGAGUCUGGCGAAAAUUUACAAGAUGGUGGAAGAUCCUCUUUGUCUUCUUUUCCUCCGAUUUCCUUCCACUGCAGAUCAAAACAGACAGUGCUUGAAGAAAACAUGAUGAAAACAACAUCAGGAUCAGAGUUUUCAAUACCAUCCAAUCUGCAAGAUCAUUCUGUGCCUGUUGAGGAGUUAAUAAAUACAGACAAUAUGAACACUGACAACAAAGACAAUCCGGGGAAACACUUAUGUUCUGAGUGUGGCAAAAAAUUCUCAAAAAAGGUCUAUCUUGAAAUCCAUGCCAGAAUUCACACUGGAGAAAGACCUUUUCAGUGUAUUGAGUGUGGCAAACGAUUCUGUCAUAGAAGCUAUGUUUGGCUCCACACAAGAACUCACACUGGAGAAAAGCCAUAUUGCUGUACUGAGUGUGGAAAGCAAUUCUCAAGGAAGAGUCGUGUUGAAACCCAUAUGAGAAUUCACACUGGAGAAAAGCCCUAUGAAUGUAAUGAAUGUGGCAAACAAUUUUCAGUGAUGAGCAAUCUUCGAAGACACACACGAAUUCACACCGGGGAGAAACACCAUAGCUGUUCUAAAUGUGGGAAACGAUUCUCACUAUUGGGUAAUCUUCUGAGCCACAAAAGAACCCACACUGAAAAGCCCUAUCACUGUCAUGAAUGUGGAAAACAACUUGCAAGUAGGAGUAGUCUUCGAAGACACACAAGUAUUCACAUUGGAGAGAGAAAAUACUGCUGUUUUGACUGUGGUAAACAAUUCUUACAGUUGGUUGAUCUUCAGGCCCACAGAAGGACUCAUACUGGAGAAAAGCCCUACCACUGUAAUGAAUGUGACAAACAAUUCUCAGUUAAAAGCAAUCUUCGAAGACACAUGAGAAUUCAUCUUGGAGAGAAGCUGUGUUGCUGUAAUGAAUGUGGCAAACAAUUCUCUACCAAACACAGUUUGCAGAAACAUUUGAGGUCUCACUUAGGGAAGAAAAUGAGAAAACUGACAAAAAGGAAACUGGAACAUUUAGGAGAAACCAACACAAAGAUCCCCAAGAGCGAAGUGAAGAGGCAGGAUGGAGAAGUAAACUAUACACAGAUGGAAAAUGCACAACUGAAAGAAAAGGAAUAGUUUGAGGCAGCAGCCAUAGUAAUAAAACACAUUCUCAGAAGAGCUAACAAUUGCAAGACAACAGGUUCAGACACCAUACCCAACUUGUGGCUUACACAAAACUAAAAUGGCCAAUUGUGAAAAGGGGCAAAUGCAGCCAACUUCAGGUGACACCACAGUGGCCUAUCACAGGAGCAACUUCCUUGUGUUCAGACUGAAGCAAACCAAAGUGCCAAAAACCUUCCAUUCCUGCACACUGCCUCUCCACUGUACGUAAACCGUCAACAUUUGUUAAUAGUUAAGAACGUAUAAUAACCUGCAUCAAAAUAAGUAGAGGUGGCAGAAGAACAGAAGGUAAAUCAAAGAUGACAUACUACACACAUUAAUUCUUCAGUGGCUAGAACUUUGUAAAACUUGCUACACUGGCAAACAAUCCUGCAGCUUUACCUUGACAAAGGCCAGAUUACAAUUCCAAAUAUUUAGAUAUGCAGAAUAUUUCUUUGGAGAUGCUUUAUUGCCUUUCUUGUGCUAAACCCACAAAAGCACCCUUCCUUAAUGAUCUCUGUCAUGGAAUUAACAUCAGCACUUAGAAUCGAUGGUCUCUCUUACUUGUUCAUCACCUGCAACUGUCCAGCUCCAAAAAAUGGCACCUCAAAUACUCAUCACUCUUACUAAAACAAAUCCAAAUUGACAUCCUAAUAUUAACUUCAUCCAGUAAAAAUCACUAUCAUGCGAAAAUAUAAACCUGGAUGAAGAAUGUCAUCGGAGAUCUUAAGCCAGUGAAUACCUGGGGUUAAAUGACAGUGCAGACAUGUGAUUCACAAAGCCCAAAAUGUGUAAUGAAUAUAACCCUUGCAGUACAUCGCAAAAAUCAAGCCAAACACCUUCAUGCCAUCCUCGUCUAUUUAACAGCUUCAGAGUGGCCACCAAGUGACCUUCAUAAAAUGGAAACUAAAAUAAGAGAAAUUAAGUUAAUCAACUAAACAUCUAAGAAUCAACACACUCUAAGAACCUAUAUCUGAAGGUGAAAUCGGCCUAAUGGACUACAGAUACAUACCGAGCAGCAAUUGCUAGACUGCAGGUUUACCUGAUAUAUUCUCAACAUGUACAGAAGGAAACCCACCAUAAAGUAAAAACUUUGAGCAACUGUUCCAUAAAAUAAAAAGUACAACAGAAACUCCACUACUUGUAUUACCCGUGUGCAGAUAUUGGCCAUACAUUUUCAUUUGGCAACAGAAGCAAGAUUUUUAAAAACUGGAGCAGCAGAAAAUAGAAAAACCAUCAAGACCCACUAGUAUAUCAGUAAUUAUGCUGACCUCCUUCCUCCAACUCCCAUGGACUAAGAGCGCUUACAUAUUGAUUGCUUCAAAGAGUUGAAAUAAGAUGGAAAAAACAGUAAGUGGUGGUUUUGUUGGACAGAGCUGGAGACCGUAACUGAUCUGAUUGUUCGUUGCAAGGUGUUGAUGGGCACACCAAAGAUGCAACAAAUUUGACAACUCCUGUACUUGACAAUCAGUUAAUGUACAACAUACCAUCACCAGAGAGAGGCCAGACCCCAAUCAGAGUCAUAAGAAACUAGGAGCUGCUACUCGCAACAGUCGCAACUAACAGGAAAAACUGAUCUCAACAAAUUGGACAAACCUUAGCUGUUAAGAAAACAGUUGGGUUAAACCAGGCUAAGAAAAUUUUCCACCUAAAGGGACUACUCAGUGCUGAGAAUGGAGAGGCAAACAGAAAUAUGAAAUAUUUUGGGGGAAAAUGCCAAAAUUAUAUCAGUGGUGUUGGGAUUAAUAGAACUCAUCAAAAUAAACGUGUGGGCUAUCGUUGAUAUCUUACCAGUAAACCUCACUCCGUAUGCACUAAAAAUGAGACUGAGAUUACUGAGAACAAUGCAGGAACCACACUGAACUGUUGUAGCACAUUCAGGGUGGCGUGGGGAGACGGGAAAUUUUCAACUGACGUUCAGUGCACGAAUAAACACAUUGAAAAAUACA